AUGGCUCUUUUUGCAGUCUUGCAGACAACAUUCCUCUUGGCAUUUCUGCCCUUGAGAACUUACCAAAGUGAAGUCUUGUCUGAACCAUUACCAUUAACUCCUGAAUCACUGAGCGUUUCCAUCAAUUCUGCAAAGCAGUGUUUGCAUUUACAAUGGACUGUCCACAACCUUGAUUAUCAUCAGGAAUUAAAAAUGGUUUUUGAGAUACAGAUCAGUAGAUUUAAAGCAUCCGAUGUCAUCUGGACGGGGAACUACAGCACCACUGUGACGCAGAACCAAGUCCUGCACUGGAGCUGGGAGUCUGAACUCCCGUUGGAAUGUGCCAUACACUUUGUAAGAAUGAGGACUAUGGUGGAUGAUGCCAGGAUUCCUGUGCCCAGGUUCUGGAGUAACUGGAGUUCAUGGGAGAAAGCAGAUGCCCAGAAUUCGCUUGGAGAUCAUCCAUUGUACGUUUUCCCUAAAGAUAAGCUGGUGGAAGAGGGCUCGGAUGUCACCACUUGUUACAUUUCUAGGAACCAUCAAGAUAACAUAUCCUGUUAUUUGGAAGAUGUACUGACAUUUGGAAAACAACUUGAUCAAAGUGUAUGGGCAUUCAAGUUGAAGAACAUUUCUUUCCUUAGGAAAACUGGGACCAAUUUCUAUUGUCAGGGCCAAGGAGUUCCAGAGGGCGUCGUUCUUUUUGUCUCAAAAGUGCUUGAAGAGCCCAAGAACUUUUCUUGCGAAACCCGGGACCUGAAGACUUUGACCUGUACUUGGGAUCCCGGGGAUGACACUGGUUUGAUUCAACUGCCUUCCUACACUUUAUUUGAAUCAUUUUCCAGGAAAAAGACACUUUGUAAACACAGAAACCGGUGUGAUUGGCAAGUAACUCAAGACUCACAAGAAAUGUAUAACUUUACACUCGUGGCUGAAAACUACUUUAGAAAAAGAAGUGUCUGUAUUCUUUUUAACCUGAUCCAUGGAGUUCAUCCAGUGGCUCCCUAUAACUUAUUCCCCAAAAAUGUCAGUGCUACAAAUGCCACCAUGACCUGGAAGGUACACUCGAUAGGAAACAAUUCUGCACUUUUGUGUCAGCUUCAGCUCCUUGGUGAAGGAAAAGUGAUACAACAACACAAUAUCUCCGUCAGGGUGAAUGGUGAGUACCUCUUAAGUGAACUGGAGCCGGACACAGAAUACAUGGCCCGUGUACGCUGUGCUUAUGCCGACCACUUCUGGAAGUGGAGUGAAUUGAUUAGCCAAAAUUUCACCACAGCUGAAGCUGCUCCAUCGGAGGCGCCUGAUGUCUGGAGAGAUGUGAUGUUUGUGUCAGGAUAUCCAAUGGUGACCUUGUUCUGGAAGCCUCUAUCAAAAGUGCAUACCCACGGGAAGAUCCUGUUCUAUAAUGUAGUUGUAGAAAAUCUUGAUGAACCAUCCAGUUUAGAGGUGCUCUCUGUCCCUGCUCCGGCCAACAGCACAAAAGUAACCCUCAAUCAGAGCUCUUACCAGAUCCACGUCACGGCUCACAACAGUGUGGGCCCUUCUCCAGCUUCCACAGUUGCCAUUUCUGGACAUCCUGGAAAUGAAAAUGUUGAAGAAGGAAGAAUUAAUGGUACAGAGGAUGGAUUUCCCAUGUCUUGGAAACCCCAAUCCAGAAAUGCCACAGGUUACGUUGUGGAGUGGUGUGAUGGUCCCCAGAACCUGCCCUGUGUUCUCCAGUGGAAGAACCUAGGACCCACUACCACAGGCACAGUCAUUAGCUCGGGUGCUUUUAGACCAGGGGUUCGCUACAACUUCAGAAUUUAUGAAAUUUCUACAAAAAGGAUGGCCCAUUUAUUAGAGAAAAAAACUGGCUAUUUAGAGGAACUGGCUCCUUCAUACAACCCUCAAGUGGUCCCGAAUAACUUGACCUCCCACUCCUUCACUCUGAGUUGGAAGGAUUAUCCCACCGAAUCUCAAACCGGUUUUAUACAAGGGUACUAUGUCUACCUGAAAUCCAAGGCAGGGGAGAAGUGCCACCGGGGAUUUGAAAAGACAGUUCUUCCAGAUAAUUCAGUAUGUUGCAAAUACACAAUUGACAACCCGGAUCAAAAGACAUUUGUCAUGAAAGACCUACAGCCAGAAUCUGUCUAUGAGUUUUUCGUCACUCCUUAUACAAGUGCUGGUGAGGGUCCCAUGGAUGACUUCAGAAAGGUCACGACUCCGGAUGAAUACUCCCAUAUACUGAUACACAUCAUUCUCCCCAUGAUUUUCUGCGUUUUGGUCAUCAUGAUCGCCUGCUACCUAAAAAGUCAGUGGUUGAAGGACAAGUGUUAUCCUGACAUUCCAGACCCUUACAAGAGCAGCGUCCUGUCUUUAAUAAAAUCCAAGGAGAAUCCUCAUAUAACAAUAAUGAAUGUCAACGACUGUGUUCCAGAUGCUAUUGAAGUUGUAAACAAGCCCGAAGGGAGUAAGAUACAGUUCACAGGCACUAGGAAGUCACCCACAGAAACUAAAGGUACUAAGCCUGCCUAUCUUGACCUGCUCCCAACAGAGAAGAACUACUCUGGUCCUGGACCUUGCAUCUGCUUUGAGAACUUUACCUAUAAUCAGGCAGCUUCUGACUUGGGUUAUUGUGGACAUUUUCCAGUAACCUCUCAAGCCCCACACUGUCAGCUGGGACCACUGACUUCACCUGAAAAUUUACUAAAGACACUGGAACAAAACUACAUGAACUCCCUGGGAGAAAUCCCAGCCGGAGAAGCUAAUUUGAAUUAUGUAUCCCAGUUGGCCUCACCCACGUCUGGAGACAAGGAGAGCCCACCAACAAAUCCACCAGAGCCAGCACUCUGUUCAGAGUAUAAAAUGCAAAUGGCCAUCCCCCUGGGUCUUGCCUCCCCUCCCCCAAGUGAGAACAGCAGCCUGUCUUCCACUACCCUUUUAGAUCCAGGGGAACACUACCACUAA